GGUAACUCUAAUUUGGCGGCAAUUUGAGAGAAAAGUGCAGCGUUUACAAGGAAAUGGCCAUUGAUUGAGCACACAAAGAAUUUAUAGAUAGCAGAAAUCAACAAGUAAAAAUAUAUAUCAAACUGAUUUGUAAAGUAAGAUGUCAUCAGGAAAAGUAUUCCCGUGUGAAAUCUGUGACAAAAAGUUUCCAACUGAAAGUAGAUGGGGUAUACAUAUGCGUGUUCACACGGGAGAAAAACCCUAUGAAUGUAGUUAUUGUGACCUCACCUUUAGUCAACUAGGUAAUGUUCAAAAACAUGAACAAACACACACAAAAGAGAAACCUUUCUCUUGUAAUGAGUGCAACAACAGUUUUGGCACUAAAUACCAUCUAAACAGACAUAUCAGAAAUAUUCAUACCAAAGAAAGACCACAUAAAUGUGAUGUUUGUGAAAAAGCAUUUAGUAAUCAAUAUACUUUGACGACCCACCAGGUGAUUCAUGAUACAGAUAUAGACAACCAAUACAAAUGUAAGGUUUGUGAUAAGUUGUUCAAAUCACGUCAGACUUAUAAUAGUCACUACUCAGUUCAUACGGGAGAAAAACCCUUCCAGUGUGAUAUAUGCAAAAGAAGGUUUAGAAUUUUGAUGUCUUUAACAAUUCAUCGCAGAUCUCAUUUAGGGGAUAAACGGUACAAAUGUAAAUUCUGCGACAAGAGAUUUGUACAGCGAUCUAAUAUGAAAACACAUUUAACAACUCACUCGAAUGAGAAACCAUAUGCCUGCGAUAUCUGCGACAAAGUAUUCAGUAAUAAUAAUAUUUUGAAAAGUCACCUAAUCCUACAUAAUGGAAAAAAAACUCAUAAGUGUGAUAUAUGUGGAAAAUCUUUUCUUACAAGAAACAGAUUAACUAGUCAUGAAAUAACUCAUUCUGAUGAACGUCGGCAUGAGUGCAAACACUGUGGAAAAUGUUUCAAACAUCUUUCUAGCCUUCAUACACAUGUUUUAAUGCACACAGGUGAUAAACCAUAUAAGUGUGAGGUGUGUCACAAAAAGUUUUUUCAAAAGGUUAAUUUAAGAAAACAUAUUGAAAAUACACACAAAUAAAUUGUUCUCUUACAUCAAGUUGGUUUUCCCGUAGAAUUGUAAUAACUAACUCAUACCUAUUUAGGCCUAUAUUGUCAAGCCUGGAAAUAAGACACCUGUCACUGACAAUGUCAGGCACUGUGGCACAUAUUCAGGCUUUGUAAGACACUAAACCUCUGGUGCCUGUCAUUUUGUUUGGCACUGAUUUGUCUUUUUAUUGAUAUUAUUAAUACAUGUCUGGCACUAAGUUGAAAAUGUCAGGUACUAUUUCAUUAGUGCCUGACAUUUUGUCAGGUACACGGAAAACCGUUAUUCCCAGGCCUGUAUAUUGUGCUGUCAAGAGGUUAGAGAGACACCUUUUUUCAACCUACAGGUAAAGUUUAUCUUAAAGCGGAAAUAGCAAAUUUUCUAAGGAAGUCAAAACGUAAUUAUUUCUAUGUCUUUUGCUCAAUAGGUUGUCAACUCACAAUUAUACGAUCAUAGGUGUCAUUCUCACACUUAAGAUUCAUUUAGACAGGAAAUAAUAACACAAUUACCUCCCUUGUUUUCUAUUCUCCACCAUGGAGUAGCGAUAUUCAAACGUUCGAAAAUGAAGAGGAAAAUGAUAUUUUUGCCAAUUUCUCAGCUGGCAAUAGUGAAUUAUAGGAUUAAUAGGAUUAUUCUUUAACAAGGUAGAACUGUUUAUGGAUACCAUCUAUUUUCAGGCUUUAUUUUAAUAAAUUUUAAAAAUAUAACUUAAAAAUUUGCAAUUUCCGCUUUAAAUAUAGUAUGGACUUAAUAUACAAGACCACAGAGAGCCUUAAUCAAGCGAGUGUGAUAACUGACGUAGGUUGUAGAAAAAGUUGACCUGAUCCAUUUAAUUUUUUAUACGCCCACAUGGAAAUGUGGUCGUAUAUUGCUGUCGCCCCCGUCCAUCCGUCGUCCACAAUUUCUUGUGAACACUCUACAGACUACAUUUAUCAUCUGAUUGUUUUGAAAUUGAUAUAUUUUGUUUGCAUUAGUGAGAUGAAGAAGCCUAUUUAAUUUCAAUAACUUCCGUUAAUUUCUUCUGGAGUUAUGGCCCUUGUUUCACUUUGUUGCACCUUGUGAACGCUCUAACGACAAAAGUUAUCAACCGAUCUGUAUAAAUUAGUAAAACAAAGAAGCCUAUUGAAUUUCAGCAAUUUCUGUUAAUUACAUCUAGAGUUAUGGCCCUUGUUUCACAUUAUUGAAUCUUGUGAACGCUUGAACGACAAAAGUUAUCACCCAAUCUGUAUGAAAUUCAUAUGCAUCAUUUAAAUUAGUGAAAUAAAGAAGCCUAUUGAAUGUCAGCAAUUUCUGUCAAUUACUUCUAGAGUUAUGGCCCUUGUUUUACUUUGUUGAACCUUAUGAACGUUCGAACGACAACAGUUAUCAUCCGAUCUGUAUGAAAUUGAUAUGCAUUAUUUGAAUUAGUAAAACGAAAAAGCCUGUCGAAUUUCAACAAUUUCUGUAGAUUACUUCCAGAGUUAGAGCCCUUGUUUUAGUUUUUAGAACCUUGUGAACCCUCAAACGACGAAAAUUAUAAUGUCAUCUGUAUGAAAUUGUCUAUUAAAUGUCCCCAAAUUACCUACAAAAGAAUAAAUAUACGACAACUCUUGUCGACCGCUCGGUCGAUUUAGCUGCUGUGGGCGUAUGUUUUGUUGCCUGGCAACCUAUCUUUAUUUUCGAUGGUUUGUUUACAGUAUUUACUGAAUUACAUGUAACUUUAGAAAUGCAAGAAUAGGUGUUAAAUACUUAUUAAUUAUAAAGAGUAAUCUUUAUUAUUGGGGCUGUGUAAACUAAAUGUAUGUUUUGAAAUGUCAUCCAAUUGUACAUAUUUCACUCCUUCGAACCAUAGACUGUCAAUCAUAAUAAUAUUACAUGCAUUAUUACGAAUAACAUACUAAAUAUAUGAAAAAAUAUAUGUUUUCUCAGGCCCGGAUAUAGGAUUUUGUCAUGGGGGGGGGGGAUACAUUGGAGCAAAGGGUAAUCAUCAGAGUGCCGCAUGCAUUAGUGGUUUGGUGUAGUCCCCAGAGUCUUCGUCGCGGACUCAUUAAACAGAAACUAAAAUCUGGGAAUCCCAUUGCUGGCUGCAGGUGCUGGUCUGAACAGUGACGACCAGUCUCACUGGGGCUGACCCCCCCCCCCCCUGGAUCCGCGCCUGUUUCUAAUGUAAUAAUACAUGUAUAUUCAUUUACUUCUAAUUUUUGUUCCAAUGUAGUAAUGCUAUACACCAAUAGCAUGUUCUAAUUGAGUAUAUUAUAGUAAUUAAUUAUAUCUAUGGUUAUAUCAUUUGGUUCAUGAUUAUUUCGAAUUUUUAAUUUUUAAUCUGACAUUUUUUGUUUUAUAGUUAAUGUUUAUAAGCUAUGUACAUAAUAAUAUUUAGUUAUAUAUUUCAUUUCUAAUUCAAAUUUAAUAAUUAUACUCUUAUAUUGUAUAUGUACAAUGUGAAAGUAUUCUAUUAUUUAGAAAUAUUUUAUGUUUUUAAGUUUUAGUUCUAAUGUAAAAAUAUUCUAUGUUCAUGGACUGAUACAUGUACUACAUAGGUAUGAUUACAGGUAUAUUUAAUUGUA